AGUUAUAUUCUAUUGACAAAGGUUUGAUACACGGAGGCGGAAUUAAAUCAUUUUAUUUUCGUAUACUGCGCCUUAAUUCAUGGGAAAACGUAUGUACAAAGGUCAAUUGUAAAUAUAGCAAAACACUCAAUAUUUGUGUGGCGACGGCAAAAUGGCAAUGAACUCUUUAAAAUCCUUAAGUUGUAGAAUUGCAGCUCAUAAUGCUAGAGGAUAUUCAUCAUCAAAUCCAUCUUUUUCAAAAAAUCCAGCUAGUCAAAAUAUAGUGUUAGUUGAUGGAGUUCGCACUCCAUUCCUCAUGGCUUUCACAAGCUAUAAGAAUCUGAUGCCACAUGAUUUAGGAAGGGAGGCUUUAUUAGGCUUAGUCAAAAAAACUGGAAUUUCCCCAGAUCAAGUUGACUAUUUAAUCAUGGGAAGUGUUAUUCAAGAAGUAAAAACAGCAAAUAUUGCGCGUGAGUCUAUGUUAUCUGCUGGUUUCCCCGCUAGUGUACCAGCUCAUAGUGUUACUAUGGCAUGUAUAUCUAGCAAUCAAGCUAUUACAUCAGGAGUUGGAUUAAUCAGAUCUGGUGUCUGCAACACAAUUAUUGCUGGUGGUGUUGAGUUCAUGUCUGAUGUUCCUAUUCGAUUGAACAGAGAACUAAGAAAAAAAUUGCUGAAUUUAAACAGGGCAAAGUCAUUUGGUCAGCGUUUAAGUAUAAUUGCUUCCAUUCGACCUAAACAUUUAUCUCCUGAGCUUCCAUCAAUUUCUGAGUUUUCUACAGGUGAAACAAUGGGGAAAAGUGGAGACAGACUAGCAGCUGCAUUUAACAUAUCAAGGUUGGAGCAGGAUGAGUUUGCAUUGAGAUCUCACACAAAUGCAUUUCAAGCACAAGAGGCUGGAUAUUUAAGUGAUGUGUUGACUUUUAAAGUUCCAGGUGGUGACUAUGUGUCAAAAGAUAAUGGUAUAAAAGUUUCUAGCCUUGAGAUAAUGGCUAAACUAAAACCAGCAUUUAUAAAGCCACAUGGUACUGUUACAGCUGCAAAUGCCUCCUUUUUGACAGAUGGAGCUUCUGCAUGUCUCAUUAUGACAGAGGAAAAGGCACUGGCAGCUGGAUAUAAACCAAAAGCAUAUUUGAGGGAUUUUGUUUAUGCCUCUCAAGAUCCAAAAGACCAACUCCUUUUAGGCCCCACAUAUGCUACAGGAAAACUUUUGCAAAAAUGUGGGUUGAGUUUAAAAGAUAUUGAUGUGUUUGAAAUACAUGAAGCAUUUGCUGGUCAAGUUCUUGCAAACUUGAAAGCAAUGAACUCUGAAACCUUUGCAAGAGAUUACAUGGGUCGCAGUGAAAAGGUUGGUGAAAUACCUAUAGAAAAAAUUAACACAUGGGGAGGUAGUUUAUCACUUGGACAUCCAUUUGGUGCUACUGGGGUUAGAUUAUUAACAACAACCGCGAAUCGCCUUAUUCACGAACAAAAGCGAUAUGGGUUAUUAACCGCUUGUGCUGCUGGUGGUCUUGGUCACGCUAUGCUUGUUGAGCGCUAUCCAUCUAAAUAAUUUUCAUUGAAAUUUUACUUAUAAAAGUCUCUUGAACUUGAUUCGUCAUCUGUGCAAAGGAUUAUGAAAACGUUUGCGUAGAUCGACUUCCAUGCGGCUGCUAAAGAAAUAUUGGCUUCAUCAUUAUUUCUGUAUUACUGAUGAU